GCAUGAUGGAUGGAGGACGAGGCGCGCGCAGCAGGACGCGAUCAUUGUAAUAAUCAUAACAACAAUAAUUCACUCUUCUCUGUGGCAGCACGUGGGGGACGACGAGCUUAUCAGGACAUUUUGACUCGGACACGGAAGCAUCUUGUGAUCAUGUAUCCAAGUUUACCUGAGGGCUGCUGGAUUCCAUCUGCAUAUUGAUUCUGGUUUGACAGCCACACCUGUGCGACCGCCAGAUAUAAACAAAAAAAAAAAAAAAAAAAUGCAAUCGAUCGUUGGAAUUGUUUUCCUUCCGUCGUUCGGAAAGUGAAGCGCUACACGAAUAAAGAAGCAGCGCGUUGAUGUCGAUGUUGGUUAAAGCGACGCGCAUGCGUUUCUCCUCUUGCUGGGAAUCUCUGCCUCCCCGGACCAAGUUUUCGUUCCUGGAAGCAUCAGCCUCAGGGAGCCUCUCCCCUCCUCAAAGUUCGGGAUGUGGACGGCGCAGGAGCGACGCUGUGCCGGGAUCCUGUUCCUCCCUUUAGUGAUCUCCAUCUCCAUGGUCCGCUGUGCGCAGAGCGCAAACGAGCCCAGCAACAUGUCAUAUGUGAAAGCGACCGUGGACAAGCUGCUCAAAGGAUAUGACAUUCGUUUGAGGCCUGAUUUUGGAGGUCCCCCCGUGGAUGUUGGCAUGAGCAUAGACAUCUCCAGCAUCGACAUGGUUUCUGAAGUCAACAUGGACUACACUCUCACCAUGUACUUCCAGCAGUCCUGGCGGGACAAGCGGCUCUCCUACACGGGCAUCCCCCUCAACCUCACACUGGACAACCGAGUGGCCGACCAGCUGUGGGUUCCCGACACCUACUUCAUCAACGAUAAGAAGUCUUUCGUUCAUGGCGUGACAGUGAAGAACCGGAUGAUUCGGCUGCACCCCGAUGGCACCGUCCUCUACGGUCUCAGGAUCACCACAACGGCAGCCUGUAUGAUGGAUCUUCGUCGGUACCCGUUGGAUGAGCAGAACUGCACCCUAGAGAUCGAGAGCUACGGCUACACCACAGAUGACAUUGAGUUUUACUGGAAAGGCGGGAGCGCCGUCACUGGGGUGGACAACAUCGAGCUGCCCCAGUUCUCCAUCAUCAACUACAAAACCCUGUCCAAGAAAGUUGUGUUCACCACAGGAUCCUACCCCCGGCUGUCGUUGAGCUUCAAAUUGAAGAGGAACAUUGGUUACUUCAUCCUGCAGACAUACAUGCCUUCCAUCCUGAUCACCAUCCUAUCCUGGGUCUCCUUCUGGAUCAACUAUGAUGCCUCUGCUGCCAGAGUUGCCCUAGGUAUCACCACGGUGCUCACCAUGACCACCAUUAGCACCCACUUGCGGGAAACCCUGCCCAAGAUCCCCUACGUGAAGGCCAUCGACAUCUACCUGAUGGGCUGCUUCUUCUUCGUCUUCUUGGCGCUGUUGGAGUAUGCUUUUGUCAACUAUAUCUUCUUUGGACGGGGCCCUCAUCUGCAGAAGAAAGCUGCAGACAAGGCCAUGAAAACCAAUAAUGAGAAGGCCAGAGUGGAAACCAACAAAGUACAGGUGGACGCUCACGGCAACAUCCUCCUCUCCAACCUGGAGAUCCGCAACGAGGUGAGCGGCUCCGAGAUGCUGACAGGUCUCAGCGACCCACGGGCCGCCGUCUUCUCCUUUGACACGGCCAGUGUCCAGUACCGGCGGCCCAUGGGGGUCCGGGACCCGUACGGGCGACCCCCCGGGGACCAAGCCUCAGGGAACCGUAAGAAAGGCCACCUGCGGAGGAGAGCGUCCCAGCUGAAGGUGAAGAUCCCCGACCUGACGGACGUGAACGCCAUAGACAAGUGGUCUCGGGUGAUCUUCCCCAUCGCCUUCACCUUCUUCAACCUCGUCUACUGGCUUUACUACGUCCACUAGGCCUGCGCUCUCCUCGCUCUUCCUUCCCACUCCUCACGGUCCCCUCACUUCCCUUCAUUCCACACAUGGCAGUUUUCACCUGUUUUAAUCCAAAGCAUUACUGUACGUAUUUAUGUAUGAGCAGUAAAAGUCUCACUGGGCGGGUAAGGUGUUCAAGUUUUCUGACAUCCUAAAUUUAAUAUUAAAAAUGGGAAUUUUUCAGUGAAAUGUUUAUCAGAAUGUGAAUAUGAAUCCAAAUAAGGUCAGACUUGACUCGCUUCAUUGUUCCUGUGGCCCUAAAACAUCGUCCUUGGUGGAUCGUGUAUUGUGCCAAAUGAGCCGAAGUCCAAGCCAUGUGGUUCUUCUUUUUGAGAUUUCUUCAUUUUUUUUUUUUAUUUUUGAAAAUAGCUACUAUAAUAUCCUGCAUGUGAUACAACCAUCAGGUUGUAAUUGUGAAAAAGGAAUGUAACAUAAGCAGUGAUGCAGAUGAAUGUUUCUUUCUGCCUGAAACGAAAUGCAUCUUCCAGAUUCACGGACCUCGAUCCAGUCUCAGGCAAUUCAUGUUUUGCACGUUAUUCAUACAUGACAUAGGUGAUUAGGUGCACUUUAAUGUUGCAUUCAGCAAUGGCUGCAUGUUUGCAGAGCCAGAAAUUUAUGUUGUUGUUGUAUUUAUUUAUUUAUCUAUUUUAAAAGGUUUUUUUUUUUUUUUUUUCAGUCUCUAAAGUUCUCCGUUGAGCUAAAUUAUUUACAAGGCGUUUCUCUAGUCUCAAACCAUAUUACAGUUCACAGAUACAAAGAUGCUGAGUUGAAACUGCUGAUCUCACAAGACCAUUUACUUCAUAGGGAUUCAGGUAUAUAUCUGCAGAAGUCGCCACGUUCUCAGAGCUGUGGGGGGCGCAGAAACCUUUUGUGAAUGUAAAAAGGUUGCGAUUGAUGUGUCAUUCAUGGCACAGCAGGAGGAACUUGUAUCACAUAAAUUCUGACAUGGAUUCAAGGCGAAGACUCACCAAGGAGCUGAAGCUCCUCUGCUCCACGGAAACCGGACGAGCUUCCGCAACCGUCAGCGACUGGCUUUGUCAUUUUGGCUCAGCGGCCUGGUAUGGACCGCACAUUGUGGAAGAUGCUGAGAUGCUGUGUGUCAAAGUAAUGCCAAAACAUCUAUUUUCCUGCAUUAUAAAUUGGUCUUACUCGAGUACUGUAUUGAGCCACCUGCUCGACAGUAUGUGUGAGUUUAGCACGUGACAUGACUAUUAUAUGUAUCCUAUAUGAGAAUAUGACAUAUGCAGGGACCAAAGCUUUCAGCAGAUGGAAAAAUGUUUGUUUCCUGAGAUGAACAGUCCAGUGGAGUGAUUUCUUCAUUUAGUGGGGUGUCCCUUUUAAUGUGUUGCAAAACCAUAAUCAAAAUACAGUGCUGCUUGAAAGUAUGUGAACCCCAUAGCAUUAUUCUUGCAUAAAAUCUAAAUCUUAAAUCUUGAAAUAAACUUGUAAAAUGGAUAAAUGGUUAUGAUUUAUGCACCUGAUUCUACUAACCUGCUUGGUGUAACCAGUACAACUUGGGCCACACUUAUGUGCACCUGUGCUACUUGUGUGUUUCUACUACACACGAUUUCCUCUAACGCAACAUAUGGAGUCAAUCACUACACACCUAUUAUGUCACAUGAGAAACACUGAUUCUCAUUAAAUAACCAUUUAAUGGUAAAACUAAAGGACUCAAGGAGUUCACAUGCUUUCAUGCACCACUGUAUAUUAUGCAGUAUGAUGGAAAAAAACCUUUAGAAUAUCUUAAAAACUAUUAUACAUGAUGUGUUCUCAUUGCUUCUUCAGGAAGGUCAGCACGGUGUUUUAUAAAUAUCAGAAAGGAGUUUGGCACUGGAAAGCUAAAAGCAGCUCAAUGCAGAGGUGUAUUUGCUUGCCUUGGUGUGUAAAGAACAGUCUCGUGAUCCGUUAGUCCAGCAUUGGCGGAAAGAGCUGGAGCGAGUGGGAUUUACUGUGUACAACACUGCCACGUGUGUUCUUCUAGCACAGAAAAAAACUGAAUGGAUCAUGUAAUCAUCCUCUACGAUCUGUGGUGCACUAACCUGUAUUAAAAAGUUGGGUUUGAAAGAUUGAUAAGGUUCUUUUUUUUUAGGCAGGAUUCAGCAAAGACGUGAAAACGUGUUAUCAGGUUCAUCCACUUUGGAAAAGGCACAAGAAUGCAUUCACUUCUUUACCACUAAAUGAAGCAGUUUUCUCUCGCAGCGAAUUAUCGUGCCUUUAAAUGCUAAAGAAAAAUGUCACAAAAUUAAGUUUAUAACUACUGUGUCGAAUUUCGGAUACUACGCAGACUUUUCUUAAAAUAAGCUAAAACGCAGUGUGCCAUUUCCAACUUUUUCGACGCGUACGCAGUAGUCAUAACUUAUUUUAAAGACAAUCUGUACAUAGGAUGAAAUAUUUUUUUGCAAGUAUUUUCUCUUUGUUCUUAUUGUGUUUGUUAUUGUUGUUUUAAAGAAAUCGAGGCAGAAAAAAAUGUUUAAAGACGGAGUGCUUCAUCAUAGAUUUUCUUAAGAAAGGCAAUGCUUGGAAAGACUCAGAAGAUGGGUGUCGCCCUUUCUCGGGACAUGCUGGACUGGACAAAGUUUGUGUCGCGUCCGAGUUUGACAUCCUAAGCACACAUCCUCUACAGGCCUAUUUGAUUGUAUGAGUGAAUGUAUCAUCACGUGUGAACGCGUGGGAGUUCGAUUCCCCCGACUUGCACGGCUCAACCGCGUUCCGCUGGAGCUGAAUGUAACAGGACAUCGAAAAAACGCCACGAACGCACUGCCCCGGUGCGUAUGGCUUUCCAAACGGACACACCUUGCGGAACUUUCGUUUUGGAGAAAUGCAUCUGCUAAAUGGAUAAAUUUACACGUGCAGCUGAACUUCGCUUUGAAAGACUGUUGCAACGUUUUAUACCCAUGUUGCGUCGUUCUGUAUAGGCAGAGCAGCUGCCGUUGCUGUUUGCCAUGUCAAAACUGAGGGUUAUACAUCCUGAAUGAUAUUGCACCUCAUGAUAAGAAAUAAAAUUAUUUCAAACCUCAGUGAAAACACUGGACUCCCGUUUUUGCUCAGUAAUGCGAUGAGUGUAAUCACAGUCCCCUUCUGAAGUACUUGGCUAUUAUACACAGAGAAAUAAUUUGAAUGUAUAUUUCAAUAAUUAAAUGUAACUGUCACGGUUACAAGUCUGUACAUUCCUGAUAUGACUGGGGGGUCUUGUAAAUGCUUUGUAUAAAACACCUUGCUAAGAAGAAAUGUGUUUUAUCAUAAACAUGUCUGCUGCAUUGAUCUAUAUUUUGUAUUCUCCUGGAUGUAUAAUAAACACUUU